AUGGCGCUUCACAAACGACACACGCACGGCCGUGUGUUCCACGGCGAGGCGGCUAGAGAGCUGCUCGCUAUCCGCAGACGCGACAGUCAUGGAAGCACCCCAGUCAUGAACGUGCCCGAGGGUUGGGAGCAGCAGAAGUCCGUCGAGGACAGCAAAGACCAGGCCGCGCAAGAGGUCGUCUAUGUUACGCUCUCCCAAACCUUCUCCGGCCCGGCCAUAUACUCGACGAUUACUGCCGACUCCAGUGCGACCCCAGUGAGCGCCUCCUCCGCGACCGCAGCGACAGACGAUGCCCAGGCCUCCUACCAGGCCAUGAAGUCUGCCGCUCAGGCCGGCAACCAGGCUAGCGCCUCGGCCACCUCAAUCGCUACUGUCACUCCCCAGAGCAGUAGCAGGAGCAGUGCAGCUGCUGCCACGACUCUGGCCUCUGUUGCGAGUGCGGCCAGCAGCUACGCUGCAAAUGCUGUUGCUGGCACUCCUCUCCAGGCUACUCGAUCUGCGACCGCGUCCGCAACCUCAUCGCCCCAAGGCGCCAUCUCCGAGGACAACUCCAGCCUGACCCCCGGUGCAAAGGCUGGCCUUGCCAUCGGUAUUCUAUUAGCAAUUGGUCUUGCUGCUGCGUUGAUCUUCUUCUGCUGGCGCCGAAAGAAGGCCACCGAGAGCCACGAGGAGUCCCUGAACGAGAAGCACGGCAGCUUUGCCGAUGCACAUGCUCGUGGCAUCGAGGCCGGAGGAAAGCGCGCAUCCAACAUGACCGAGAAGGUCCCCUCCAGCCUGCGCUCUACCCGUACUGCUUCCACUGCUCCUCGUCUCAGUCUCCGCCCUGUCACCCAGUUCCUGCCAAACCUUGGCGAGGAGCGCAAGAGUGGCGCCCACACCCCCGACGCUGCUGCCGACGGCGAGAAGCGAUCGGCCUGGGAGCCAUCAUCCAACAGCCCACCGCAGAAUCCCUUUGACGACGCCACCAUGCUAUCCGAGAAGCAAGCACAACCCGAAAGCCCGCCAACCAGCAAUCCUUUCGAAGAGCCUGAGGGCAAGAAAUCGACCGACUCGCAGCAGGGCCCGGCUGCUGAGAAGCACAACUCGAAAUCGUCCUGGGAAGGAAGCGAGGCACCAACUCCCAAGUCCGCCAAGUUUGGAACGGCCGCUGCCGUGCCUAUGGCUGCUGGUGGAGUUGCUCAAAGCGUCGGACCACGAGGACCGAACAAUGUCCACCGCGUCCAACUUGACUUCAAGCCCUCGAUGGACGACGAGCUUGAGCUUCGCUCUGGCCAACUCGUUCGCAUGCUUCACGAGUACGAUGAUGGCUGGGUAAGUAGUAACGACACCUUGCAACAUGUCACGAAGCUAACGCGGUGCAGGCGCUUUGCAUCCGAAUGGACCGCAGCCAACAAGGUGUCGCUCCACGCACUUGCUUGUCGAAGUUGCCUGUGAAGCCGCGCCCGCAGCCACCGCCAGGCACGGCUCCUCGACCAGGUACGGCUCAGGGCGGUCGUCGCCCAUCGAACCCACCGCCGCCGACCCCUACCAACGGGGCCAUGUACCCGCGCCCCCUCACUCCAACGCAAGCCCAGGUCCAGGCCCAGGCCACCACCCGCUCGACGUCCCCAACGCAGGCGAAUGGCGAGGCUUCGACUUCGCCGGUUGGUGUGCCGGCCAGGAAACCCGUGCCUGGUCAGGCGAUGUAA